GCGACGCGAAUAAAAAUCUCAGUGUGGAAAGGAAGACAUAGCCAGGGAAGAGAUGGGGGCUUCUCAUUCGUCCCCGAACGCCAACUCGAUCCAUGAAUUCACUGUCAAGGAUAGCUCUGGGAAGGCCGUGGAUCUAGGGUUCUACAAGGGCAAGGUCUUGCUUGUCGUCAAUGUCGCCUCUAAAUGUGGCUUAACGGAUAGCAAUUAUACCCAGCUGACCGAUCUCUACAACAAGUACAGGAACAGAGAUUUUGAGGUUUUAGCCUUUCCUUGUAAUCAAUUUUUGAAACAAGAACCUGGAACAAGCCAGGAGGCAAUGGAGUUUGCAUGUACAAGGUACAAGGCGGAGUAUCCAAUAUUCCAAAAGGUUCGAGUGAAUGGUCCUGAUACUGCUCCAAUAUAUAAAUUUUUAAAAGAUAGCAAAGGCGGCUUUUUUGGAUCUCGAAUCAAGUGGAACUUCACCAAGUUCCUUGUAGAUAGAGAUGGCAAAGUAUUGCAUCGUUAUAGCCCUACAACAACUCCUCUGGCCAUUGAGAGAGACAUACAGAAGGCACUUGGAGAGAUAUAGGUAGUCUACAAUCUGAAACAAUGCAGUAAGGCGUUAAUACAUCUGAUACCGAGUUUGUUUAUUUUUUUAUUCGUCUUAUUUGUCAUUGCAGUGGGAAUUCAUACAUGAUAUGUAUUAUAACUUAAGGCGUUGAACAUGUUGAAUGCCCUUGGAACAUUGAUAGCUUAGGUUGUGUUAAAUGGCAUCUGGUAUUCUUGUGAUUUUGUGAACGAGACUGUCCUGUGUUUUUUUGGAUGGCUAUGGCGAUUAUUAAAUGACUUGGCUGGGAUUUA